AUGUCGUCGUUCGACCAACCCCUCCCGCCCUUCAACGCCUCGGAUCCGAACGCCUCGUUCCUGAGCACGUCGUGUCUGGACUUCCUGAUGAUCGAGCUGGUGCCCAUGGCGUACCGCGUCGCGAACGAGCUGGAUGCGCCGGAGCCCGGCGCCGCUGUUGCUGCUGGUGAGAAUGGCGGGGAGACGGGGACAGGUGGACAGAAGCUAGAUGAGGACGAGGAGAGGGAUGCGGUUUUCUUUAGGUUGGAUGGGCUGGGGUAUAGAGUUGGGUUGGGGCUUGUUGAACGCUUCUCCCGCGACCGCCCACGCUUCAACGACACUCUGGACGCCAUCAAGUUCAUAUGCAAGGACCUGUGGAUGCUAGUCUUUAAGAAGCAAGUCGACAACCUCAAGACCAACCACCGCGGCGUCUACGUCCUGACAGACAACGCCUUCCGCCCCCUUUCGCGCAUGAGCGCCGAUGCCGGCGGCCACGCUGUCGUGAGGGCCCAGCCUUUUCUCUGGUUCCCCUGCGGCAUCAUCCGCGGCGCCCUCGCCGCCAUGGGCAUCGCCGCCACCGUCCAGGCUGAGACCAACGAGCUUCCCGGUGCCGUCUUCCAGAUCAAGACCGUGCCUACCAAGCAAUGA